GCGGACGUGUUGUCAUGCGCGUGUAGACCGAAGUAAGUCUGAGGCCGGAAAUGACAUGUCUUGAGCGUGUAGCCGGAAGUAAGCGUGUAUGUUGUAGUUUGGGCGAUUACCACUGAUGUCAGAGAAAAUAACUUUUUGCUUUCAUCAAGAAGUGGUUUUCUUAGGUUAUACAUAGCUUAAUAGUCUAUUAUAAUCAAAAUUCGCGUGAAAUACAUUUUGGUUUCCAUUAAAUGCAGCUGAAGGCAGGAGAUCAGUACCGAGGGAAAGACGGCACUGCACCGGGGCAGGUGGGGGCACUGGCCCUGUGUUGAGGAGGCCCAUUCUGAAGCGCCACACCUAGUCAGUGCAGCACCAUGCUGGUGACCAGCUACCUCGCAUUCCUGCUGCUCCUGGCCCUCUGCCUGGGGCUGGAGCUCACCGCCAGGCGCACCGUGCCCACGCAGCCCGUGCCCACGGCCUCUACCAACCCCUCCUUCCGUAGCUUCCAGACACUCUUCUUGAGGGGCUACCUGCUGGCGCUGUGGGCCGACUGGCUGCAGGGCCCCUACCUCUACAAGCUGUACCGGCACUACAGCUUCCUGGAGUCGCAGAUUGCCAUCCUGUAUGUGUGUGGCCUGGCCUCCUGCGUGCUGUUUACCCCCGCUGCCGCCUGGCUGCCACAGGCACUGGGUCGCCGGCGGACCUGCCUGCUCUUCUGCAUCGCCUACUCUGCCUGCUGCCUCACCAAGCUCUCCCGCAGCUAUUUCGUCUUGCUGUUUGGCCGAAUCCUGGGUGGCCUCUCCACUUCUCUGCUCGCCACUGCCUUCGAGGCCUGGUACGUGCACCGUCACCUGGAGGUGCAUGACUUCCCCGCGGAGUGGAUCCCCAGCACCUUCACCCAGGCUGCCAGCUGGAACCACGGGUUGGCGGUGGCUGCGGGGCUGAUGGCUAACCUGCUGGCAGAGUGGCUUGGCCUGGGUCCUGUGGCCCCUUUCCUGCUGGCCGUUCCAUGCCUCGCUGCCUGCGGCUGGGUGAUCAUCUCGCACUGGGGCCAGGAGGAGCGGGAGAAAGGGCCGCAGGUUGAGAAGCCCAGUCCCCUGCUGGUGGCAAGUGCCGCUCCCUCGAGAGGCUCAACCCAAGCUCGAUUCACACGGAGCUGCCUGGAGGGUCUGCGCUGCCUGUUGUCUGACCGGCGCGUGCUGCUGCUCGGGGCAGUGCAGGCCCUCUUCGAGAGUGUCCUUUAUAUCUUUGUGUUUCUGUGGACCCCAGUCCUGGACCCCCACAACCCCCCGCUGGGCAUCAUCUUCUCCUGCCUGAUGGCAGCUAGCAUGGCGGGAUCGUCUCUGUACCGUUUGGCCUCCUCAGCCCGCUACCGGCUGCAGCCUGGCCAGCUGUUGUGCGUGGCGGUCCUGCUGGCUUUUUUUUCCUUCUUCAUGCUGACGUUCUCCACAGUGCCUGGGCAGCCACGGCCCAGCGAGUCCUUCCUGGCCUUCCUGCUUCUUGAGCUGGCCUGCGGCCUGUACUUCCCGGCAGUGAGCUUCCUGCAGGGCCGCAUCAUCCCCGAGGAGCGUAGGACCGCCGUGCUGACCUGGUUCCGCCUGCCGCUGCACCUGCUGGCAUGUCUGGGUCUGCUGGCGCUCCACGGGGAGGUUUCCGGGACGGGUGGAGGUGAGGGUGGCGCCGGCACAAGGCACAUGUUUGGAGGCUGUGCGGCCAUGAUGCUCGCUGCCCUGCUGGCCGUGAUCAGCCUCUUCACCCUAAGUCGGCAUGACAGUGACCUUCGUUUGGAGGGAGUUCGGGGAGAAGGAGAUAUAUGAUUCCUGAUAAUCUGCUCCCCCGCCCCCCGGGAUGCUGUUUGGAGAACAGACUGUGCACUGCAAUGUCAAUAUGGCAAAAUCAUUUAAGCAUCUUUGAGACAUGAAGUUUGUACCUGGAUGGUGGGGGAUCGUGCUCUGCUUCAUUACCAGUAGCAGGCAUCUUCAGAUCCUGGAUUCCCCAUCAAAGAGGACUCCCAGCACUCUGGUCCCUUCUGGUUUUCUCCUCUGAGCUGGACCACGCUGUUUCAUGCCCACUGGAGGUUACAGCAGCUGUGAGGUUGCCAGCAUCAGAAGAGAAGGCUGACGAUGACUCAUUUAGCGUCUUAAGCGAGCUCUAGAGAGAGGCCUCGCGGUACCCAGACUGCAUCAGUGACACGCGCGCCAUCCGAAAGCUACCCUCUCUGUGAAGCUGUUACAGUCAAGACACAAAGGUUAUUGAUCUCUAGUCGAGGGCUGAAUCAGAGUCCAUAGACUCUCUGUUUAGCAUUUUAAAACAUGUUUCAGUGGAAACUGUUUUAUUUUGGUGAAAAUAAAAUGUGCCUGGAA